CUUUACCAAACAGUUAAUUUCAUGAUCUUUUUGAGUCUUUACAUUGUAGUUUGGAUUCAAUCGCAGGAACCGCGAAGAGCUCUAUCAGAUCAUACCCUACUCCUGUUUAUGCCUUUUGCGCUUUCUUGGAUACUUACAACAUUGUUUCAUUCUCAUAAUUCGAAGUCGAUUGUGUUUUCCAGUAUCUCAAGUACAUCGCCAUUAUUUGAUUUAGAAAAAUAUACUACAACAAAAUGGCGACACAAGUUGCUCUUCGAGGAGAGAAGGGUUGGCAUGCCUCUCAGGCACGUCAGUUUGGAGUAAAGCGAUGGAAGCACUUGCUGAAAGCGCUCACUGGUCCAACAGAUCACGUGUGCCUUGUCAAUCCCUUCCUCGCGCCGGAAGAGCAAGCUGACGCUUUGCGGCACGCGCUCAAGAGCAACCAAGUAGAACAGGACGAGCGAGCUCCAGGCUUUUGGCGACGCGCGAAACGGAAGAAAAAGACUGAAGCCACAGCAGAAGUCGUGGAGGAAGCCGAAAAGACAGUUGGUGGCGACGGAAAAACGGAAGGCGGCGAUAGAGUGCUCGUGGCGGCCGUGGGAAAGUAUGAAUACCAGCAGCCAUGUAGUGCUGGGGAGUGCGACACAAAUGCAGCUGUCUGUUACGACGAAAGCCUGCGAACUCCUAGCAAGUCUUCCCAGGCAACCAAGGAAGAGUCUCCUUCAACGAAUGAGCGCCAUCGUACGAAAAGUCCGAGUUGUACUGCAUCUUCAGAUGAAGAAGUACUUCCAAGUGUGAGGCCAUGUACACUUUUAAACGACACUCUCCUCGCGCCCGCUGAAGACGGUCGACGAAAUGCCUCGGAGCAACCUGUCAUAUCUUCCGGUGGUUGCCUCUGGUCACGCCGUGCUGCGGAGUUGCCUGAAGAUGUGCUUACACACUACUUUUUGGACGGUGCAUCCGCAUUGUGUGCUAGCAAAGUUGACCUGAAAGGUGACGAGAGAAUCCUCGAUCUCUGCGCUGCGCCCGGUGGGAAAAGUUUAGUAUUAGCUUGCAGUCUCUUCAAGAACUACUUCGACCGCAACACAGGAGUGCCUGCAUCGAAAAUGUACCCGCAUCGUGAAGAUAAUUCGCAUCCUGAUGAAAAUAAGGGCUCAGCAGCUGUGGAAGCCGCGACUCGUGGCCCACUUUUGGUCAGUAACGAAUAUUCGAAAUCCCGGGCUGCUCGUCUCGAAGGCGUGCUCCGAAGCUUUCUUCCUCUGGAGUUAUUCGAACGAAAUCGCGUCCGCGUAACUAAUUUGGAUGCCACGGGUGCGGCAUGCGCGUCUCGCAGUGGCGCUGGGGAGCUUUAUCGACUAGGACCUUUCGACGUCAUACUUGUGGAUGCACCGUGCAGCACAGACCGUCAUCUUCUUUCGAACGCGGUGGAGAUGGCGCGUUGGAGCGAAAAGUCGGUCGCAGCGAACGCAGACAGGCAACUCCAACUAUUGUGGACCGCGUUGUCACUUCUGCGUCCCGGUGCGGGUUCACGGAUCGUCUACUCCACUUGUGCGCUUUCGGACAUCGAAAACACGAAAAUCGUCGAGCGUUUUAUCGAGCUGGCGCGCACAAAGGGAGGCUGCGACAUUGCAGUCGAGUCAGAGCAAAUGUUUCUACCGGAUGAGCCGCACAAGUUCGGGCCGCUUUUCCGAUGUGUGCUUCGCAAGCGAGCAGGUGGAAAGGUGGGCGCGCUUCCGCCGAUAACGGGCCGCCGGAAGUAGAAAGAAAAGGCCGACAUCAUACAACAUUCAGCAAGACAAGCGUCAUAAAGCAAUUAGUCCGAACGAUGACACUCAGGUGCUGCACUGCAGCGAAGUGGCACUUUUUCAAUAAUAUAGAUACAUUCAUGUUAAUGUUGAUGUUGAAGAAACUGAGUCACCCAUUUGCUCUUCUUUAUCCCUAGCAUCGACAAGCUCCUAGAAUAUUUCGUGCUUAACAGUGAAGCAUGCUCCUGUGACAUCCCAUCUUGAAGAUUUACCCAUCUUGUCGUGUGAGAAUCCAAAUCUUACUGAGGCAUGCUUUUUCCUCUGAUCCUCCACGCAUACGAGCGUGUCUCGGAUUUUGGUAUUUGCAUUUGUUUUUCAUGAGUGUGGACCGACGUAGAGUUAGAAGUUGCAGCUUAGUGGUUCUGUGCCUGUGUUCUGUUUUGAUGCAUGUCGUUUUGCGAACAUGUCGUUUUGCGAAUUAUCCAGGACAUCGUAAGAACUUCGGUUUGUCUGUUUUUACAAGUGUACUUUCGAAGGAUAUUACAGCGACGAGGGAACGAGAGCAGACAAGAUACAGCAUCGGAUUUAGAAAGCGUCGUCGAAAAGGAACGAGAGAGACUCGCUUAAUGUCAAAACGGACAAAAACGUGUUGUCGCUUUCGCGUACCACCUCCAA